AUGUUCAUCCUGUUCAAUGCUGCCUCGCUGGUAGCAAUCUUCUGUAUUGCCCUGACCUGGCUACACAAAUGGUCACGCCACUCAUCCUCAUGGCGGAUUCAGCUUCGUGAGAAGCGUCCCCGCGGGAAGAAUGUCCCCUACAGCUCUCCAGCUCAAGCACCAGCCCAGGCACAAGCCCAGGCACAAGCCCAGGGACCAGCAACAGCACCAUCUCAAGCACCGGCAUCAGUUCCAGUGCGAGAGAAACCGAAAUACCGAAUCACCAUGGGCAUCAAGAGACUCGACCGGGCUGGCUGGCUGGUCGUUGACGACAACUAUAACGCCCGGCAUGCAGUCCGGGCAAACCUCUUUAACACCCGCAACCGGGAAGUCUCACAGUGCCUCCCUGAAGCGAAGAUUGCGUGUGACGAGGCCCUGAAAGAGGUGUCCUCCUUCUUGUGUAAGACGCAUCCAGAUAUGUUCGAGCUCAAAGAGUCGGCAUCCGGUACCGUCGUGAGAAAUAAGCGUAUGGCAGAAGAGUUCCCCCUUAAAGACGGCCGUAUCCCACCCCUGGAAGCCGCUGCCAGGCUGGCCAUGGAGGACAUGACUAUCCUGCUGAAGAACGACAGCGGUGAUCACUAUGUGGCUGCGACGUCCAGUGCAUUCCUUAUUGGAUGGUCUGCCAAUACUCGCAUGGGAUCAACGCUCAACGAGAUGCAUGCCCCUGUACCACAGUGGGCUCGACAGAUCGCCUUUUCCGUGAACAAGUUCAUGGCCCGGCUAACCCCUGAAUCCCCCAUGGAGCGUUCAAGCUACUUUGUCCAAGUGAUCCAGCCCAACGAGCCGUGGGAAUCGAUCCUCUUCCAGCCUGAGGGCUUGCUGCAGGACCAUACCAAGCCCAUCCCAGAGCGUGUCUUGAUCCGUCGUGAGAGACAGACCUUCACCCGUCUCCCCGAAACCAACGGCAUCCUCUUCACAGUCAAAACAACUGUCUCAUUCCUUCAAGACCUGCCCCUGGAUGAGGUCCAGCUGCUGGCCAAGGACGUCGAGAGCUGGCCUGAAGACAUGGCAGCAUAUAAAGGCCGCUCUCACUGGGGAGAAACCAUCGUGAACUAUUGCCAGGCAAAGGAAGCUGCUAUGACGUAG